UAAAUUGUCAAAAUCAUAUGGAGGUUAGGAAUAUAUUUUUGUUUGAAUUUUAUUUUAUUUAAUAUUUGACUAACUCUAAUUGAGAAAUCAUGUUAAGGCUAUUGAUAGGAAGCAGAAAUUGCAAUAUCAUAUAUCGAAGAUGUUGUUCAACUAUAAAAGAAAAAGUAGAAGUCCAGCCUGAGAAUCCCAGUAUUUAUGAAACUGUAUUUUCAUUUCCUUUCAUAAAAUAUGUGGCACUAUUUCAAAGGCUUAAAGUAUAUCACUUAACGGGUACAUCAAUAGCUAUACCUGGCUGUGGUCUAAUGGAAAUAAUGGAUGUACUACCACCUGGGGCUUUAUAUGCAGCAGCUUACAUUGGAGUCACUGGAACAGCGGUUCUUUCACUAUUUAGUUUACCAUUCAAGAACAUAAUUGGAUAUUUAUAUAUUAGAGUAGACAAUCAGAAAAUCAAAAUAUCUUCAGUAGAUUUCUGGGGAAAGCGAAAAGAUAGAAUAGUGAAAGUAGACGAUUGGUGUCCAUUACUUGAUAUUCAGCCAAAAACACUGGAUGCAUUAUAUCUAUCACCACAGUUAUCAGAUGGAACAAAAUACAAACUAUUUGUUAAGUUUGGUAAUGUUUUAGAUGCUAAGAGAAUGGGUGAAGUGCUAGAAUAACAGUAAAUAAAACUACAGAGUCAUAAUGUUACCAAUCUACUUCUUAAACAUACAGUAGUAUUGAGAACCACAUCUUAUAAAUAGGUGAAUUUAGAUUAAAUACACUGUUAAAACAA